AUGGAAAGUGCCAACCAGACUGCCUCCGUGACAGAGUUUAUUCUCCUGGGCCUCUCGGCCCACCCAAAGCUGGAGAAAACGUUCUUUGUGCUCAUCCUGUCAAUGUACCUGGUGAGCCUGCUGGGCAAUGGGGUCCUCAUCCUGGUAACUGUGUCUGUCUCUCACUUGCACACACCCAUGUACUUCUUCCUGGGGAAUCUCUCCUUCCUGGACAUCUGCUACACGACCUCCUCAGUCCCCCUCAUUCUCAACAGCUUCCUGACCCCUGGGAAGACCAUCUCCUUCUCAGCCUGUGCCAUGCAGAUGUUCCUCUCCUUUGCCAUGGGAGCCACAGAGUGUGUGCUCCUGGGCAUGAUGGCAUUGGAUCGCUAUGUGGCCAUUUGCAACCCCCUUAGAUACCCCGUGGUCAUGAGCAAGGCUGCCUACGUGCCCAUGGCUGCCAGCUCCUGGGCAGCUGGAAGUGCUGCUUCCAUGGUUCAAACAUCCCUUGCAAUGAAGCUGCCCUUCUGUGGAAACAAUGUCAUCAACCACUUCACCUGUGAGAUCCUGGCCGUCCUGAGGUUGGCCUGUGCUGACAUCUCCAUCAAUGUGAUCAGUAUGGGAGUGACAAAUGUGAUCUUCCUUGCAAUCCCAGUCCUGUUCAUUUUUGUCUCUUACGUGUUCAUCAUUGCUACCAUCCUGCAGAUCCCCUCAGCUGAGGGGAGGAAAAAGGCCUUCUCCACCUGCUCUGCCCACCUCACGAUCGUGGUCGUCUUCUACGGGACCAUCCUCUUCAUGUAUGGGAAGCCCAAGUCCAAAGACCCGCUGGGGGCAGACGAACAGGACCUUUCAGACAAGCUCAUUUCCCUCUUCUACGGGGUGGUGACCCCCAUGCUCAACCCCAUCAUCUACAGCCUGAGGAACAAGGACGUGAAGGCUGCUGUGAGGAACCUGGUAAGUCAGAAACGCUUCACCCAGUGA